AGAACGAAGAAUUUUAACCUCCUUUCUGAGCUGUCAAAUUUCUCAAAAAUCAUGUGUUUUCCGUGGCGAACCAAUGAAUUUUCCGCUUUUUCGUAAACGACCAACGAAAACACGUGUGACGAACGAUUUUUCGCAUGUUAUCGCAUCGUUAUCACGAGAAAUGCAACAGCAUAUAUCAUUGUGUAUGUAUGUGCUCCGAUGUAAACGUUCGAUACCGGCACAUAUUUCGACGUCGCUAGAGAAUUAAGAAGAGCCUGCAGUGAGAGGAUUCUUGUAUUGAAAUAAAUUAUUAAGAUUUUAAAGUGAAUCUCGCAGAAGAUCUUUAUAAAAAAAUGAUGUUAACAUUUGCUUUUAUGGUAUACACAGCUAUAAGAGCACGAUGGACACCAAAGUAUAAAGCAGCAAUAUGUGCAGCUCUUAAGGAAUACCAAAAUCAAUAUUCUAUUAUGUUUUAUCCUGCAUUCUGUGAAUGUGGAAGCAGAGAAUCUGCUAAAAAAUGGGAUAAAGAUGCUUUGACUUCUCAUUUAUGUUAUAACAAGCAUCUUGCUCAACUUCAUAUGAUGUCACCAUUUGAUGCUACAAUGGCAAUGUACAUUAUACAUCCACAGCAAAAAAUUGAUAUAUCAAACUGGCUGAAUUAUAAAGAUGGAAAGUCACUUUUCCCCUUGUUUAAAGUUGAUGGAUAUCAGAUUUCAAGCAAAUCUAAUCUUUAUGUUCUUAUUGAAACUGAUCUUCAAACGUAUAAUACGGAUACCUCAGAAUGCUGUAUAAAACUUGAAGAUUAUGGUUUAAUCAAGGCAUGGUCUGUGAAUGAAAAUCUAAAUUUGCUUUUAGAAACAGAUAUUGAUCAUAUUACAGACUUUAUAACUAUGUUUAUACAAGGACGAUAUUUUAUUAACAAUAAUUUAUAUAUGAAACGUAUACAAACUGUUGAAGUAUCAGGAAACCCGUGCGUUUAUGAAGAUAGUAUAAAAUUAUUCAGCCCACCACGAACUACAGAAACUGUUAUUGCAUUUAGCAAAGCAGCUCAAGAAGCCUCGGAGCAGAAUAAACCUACAGAGGUUACUAAAUUUCCUGAUGUGAUUGUACAUCCGCAAAAAAAUUUGGAUGAUUACAAAGAAGAACCAAAGAUUGAAGAUCCUUUGAAAGAAACACUUGUAGAAAGCGAGGUUGAAGAGAAAAUCAAUGAUAUAUUAUCAUUCACAAUAAAUCCAGUUAAUCAUAAUAAAUCCGAUGCAAACGGCGCAUUACCAAUGGAAGAAAAACUUCCGAAGGUGCUUCCAAGUAAAUCUUCUCAAUCGGAAGAAGAGGAGGAUGUGAUAACUAAACCUCCAAAUGUACUUAUUUAUACAGAUAAAAUAGAGACGGGCAAAAGUGUAAAGGCUGUAUUAAGUAAAGUACUAGAUCCAGACAGAUAUACUAUCUAUAAUUUAACAAUAUUAAAUCUUCCUAAGAACACUUGGGUAGAUCAGGUUGCUUUGGUUGUUGUUUGUGGUAAUAUUAUGGAUGUUAUUGCUGAUCGAUUUGUAGAAUAUAUUAUACACGGUGGAAAAGUUUUAUCAUUAUGCUCGAAUAUGCUGCAUAAAAUGCUGCCAUUCUUCAAGACUGCAGAAGUGCGUGAGAAUGAACUUGUUUAUUUUUCAUAUGGGCAAUGGAAACGUGUGCGUAUGAUGCACGAUACUUUUUGCUAUCAAGCGUCUCCCAAGCGAAAUGGCUUUGUUGAAAAUCACGAAGAUGCGAGGCCUUCACUAAAUCUCCCAGAGUCGACUAGUGUUAAGGAUAAAGGAAAUUCACAUAUGUUUGAUGUGAAAAUAUUGGGUACGGAGGAAACAUGGCAAAAUCCAAGUAUAUUACUCGCAACUCUAGCCAGCAGUGGGGGUAAAGUAGUAUUCUCCCAGAUCCAUUUGGAGAAAGAUCCAAUGGAAUAUUCAAGAGCAAAGCAAUUAUAUGAGACGCUCAAAGAAAACGACGCCGCACGCUUAGGAAUAAUCAGUGACCUGUUGAGUACAUAUCUAGAAAUGGAAAUAACUCGUGCUCCUGCAUUCAAAGGAUAUUCCAUUGGUUAUCUUCUAAGCAGAAAAGAAGAUCUGAAAUGGGAAAUGCUUAAAAACAUAGAUGGAUUGACAGAGGAUUACACGUUAAAUUUGGGCGCCUUAACGAUACGGUUUUACACAGAUGAAGAAAUACAUGUUACCGUAACAGAUAUUUUUCUGCCUAUUGUAACGCAUCAUAAAUUUCGUCCGAAAAAUUUCUCGCCUGAACAGUACUACCAGUUUCUUAAUACAAAGGAAUUAGGUCAAUUAGUAAUAUAUGCAGAUGUUUUAAAAUCUUCUAUGCAUGCAAUGGGUGCUCGCAUGAAACACGGAUUAGUUGUUAUUCCACGACAACAAACACAGGGACAAGGUCGAGGUAAUCAUGUAUGGCUUAGUCCGAUUGGUUGUGCCAUGUUCACUUUACAAGUAUAUAUUCCUAGAAAUUCGAUUCUCAGUAAACAAAUAUCGCUUCUACAGCAUAUUGUCGCUGUAGCAAUGGUAUCGGCUGUAAGAUCUAUUCCAGAAUAUCAGGCUAUUAAUAUUAGAAUAAAAUGGCCUAACGACAUAUAUGUUGGCAAAUCGACUAAAAUUGGUGGUUUGAUUGUACGGACGCUUGUUGAUACAUCAUAUUAUAUUUGCGAUAUUGGUGUUGGUAUAAAUCUCUCCAAUAGCAAGCCUACAACAUGUAUUAAUGAUGUGAUUUUACAAUAUAAUCAAAAACAUCAGACAAAGUUGGAAACAUUCUCUCUUGAAAAAUAUUUGGCACUUGUAUUUAAUCAAUUGGAAAUUCUGUUAGAUGAUAUAGAAAAGGGCAACAUACAACAUUUCUACAAUCUUUAUUACAAAUAUUGGUUGCAUAAGAAUGCGAGUGUUACUAUAUUAACACUAAAUGGAGAAUAUCAAGAAGCUAUAGUAGAUGAUAUCGAUGAUUUUGGUUAUUUGAGGGUAAAUACAAGUAUAAUGGGAGUUUCUACAAAGAUUGCAGUACAUCCAGAUAGAAAUAGUUUCGAUUUUCUUCAGGGGCUAAUAAUACCGGUAAUAGAAGAAGAUAUAUAAAAAAGAUAAAGAAUAUUUCUUAAUUGUCAAUUACAAUU